GGGCCGAAGCGCCAGGGGGAGUUCUUCUGGAAAAAGAACCAAUACCAAAAGCGGAAGGUCCGAAGAUUUUGGCUCAAGGUUCCGAGGGGCCGUCGCCGGCCUCCUAGGGCUCCACUCGGGCGUCUCUCGUUCCUCUCAUUUUUUGAGCUGUGCACAUCUGCAGACGGCAUGAUGCGCCUGCGCACGUCUCACAGCGUCGGCGCGCUGCUCCUGCUGCUGGCAGCGCGCGGCGCCCCGAGUGCCGGGUCGCCGGCGAGCGGGACGCUGGCCCGCCCGAGGCUGGAGGCCUCGGCGAGCGGUCGCCCUCGCGAGCCGCAGGCCGAGUUCGGGAGGCGCCAGGCUACCAGCGGCGCGCAGUUGUUGCUCAAGCUCUUGGCGAGUGAUGGGGCCGCAUUCGACUAUUUCGGACGAUCGGUGGCCGUGAGCUCCGACGGGGCCCGCGUGGUGGUGGGGACCACCCACGACGACGACUAGGGCAGCAACUCUGGCUCCGUGCAGGUGUUCGACGGUACCACCGGCGCGAGGCUGCUCAAGCUCUUGGCGAGUGAUGCGGACUUGAAUGACUAUUUCGGACGAGCGGUGGCCGUGAGCUCCGACGGGGCCCGCGUGGUGGUGGGGGCCUCCUGGGCCUCCUGGAGCUCUGGCUCCGUGCACGUGUUCGACGGUACCACCGGCGCGAGGCUGCUCAAGCUUGUGGCGAGUGAUGGGGCCGAGACAGACCUUUUCGGAUUCUCGGUGGCCGUGACCUCCGACGGGGCCCGCGUGGUGGUGGGGGCCUACUAUGACGACGACCAGGGCAGAAACUCUGGCUCCGUGCACGUGUUCGACGGCACCACCGGCGCGAGGCUGCUCAAGCUUGUGGCGAGUCAUGGGGCCGAGGAAAAGCGUUUCGGACUCUCGGUGGCCGUGACCUCCGACGGGGACCGCGUGGUGGUGGGGGCCUACUAUGACGACGACCAGGGCAGUAACUCUGGCUCCGUGCAGGUGUUCGACGGUACCACCGGCGCGAGGCUGCUCAAGCUUGUGGCGAGUGAUGGGGCCGAGGAAGACCUUUUCGGACUCUCGGUGGCCGUGAGCUCCGACGGGGCCCGCGUGAUGGUGGGGGGGGCCUACUAUGACCACGACGACGACCAGGGCAGAAGCUCUGGCUCCGUGCAGGUGUUCGACGGUACCACCGGCGCGAGGCUGCUCAACUCCGACGGGGCCCGCGUGGUGGUGGGGGCCAGCAAGGCCGACAACGACGACGGCAUCGAAUCUGGCUCCGCGUACGUGUUCGACGGCACCAUCGCCACCACCAGGACGGCCACGAGUUCCGCGACGUCAAGCACUACUACUGAGACGACCACCGCGACAACAACUGAGACACGACCACCAUCAAGACAACCACCGAGACGACCACCGCGACGACCACCAAGACGGCCACGACGACCAUUGAUACGGGCACGAGUUCGGCCACAUCAAACACCACAGCCACCACCGAGCCAGGGGAAGUAAUUCAAAUUGCAGUCUUGAUCUUGGCUGGUGCCUGGAUCUUGUUCUUGGGCUGCAGUGUCGCGCUGGGCUGCCUGGUGAGGCGCGGGCUUGUCAGGGGCCCAACACCCUAGCGCGGCAUUCACAAAGCCAGGCACCCCUCUGAUGAAUCAAUCGGGGGCGGCGGAAAACGCCUAUGUGGCCGAGAGUUGGGCCAGAGCUCGGCCAAGCUAUUGGGCCAGAGCGCGGCCUUCCGCAUGAAGCCCUGGUCAGCUCCCCGCCAGGCGUUUUUCCGCAAUCGGGGAAGCAUGUGAGACCUUCUGAGAGUUAUCGGUGAAACUUUCUACCAGUUUUGAAGCCCUGGUCAGCUUCCCGCCAGGCGUUUUUCCGCAAUCGGGGAAGCACUCGAGACCUUCAGAGAUUGGACUGGACUGGAAAAGGCCGCGCGUAGACGGCGCAUCGGCAA